CAUGAGUCACUCCAGAUGUGGAUAUAAAAUAGAGCCCUUCUGUGCAAAUGAAUUCCCUGACUCCAAUGAAAAUUAGCCUAGGCUAGUGAGGUGCUGAUACUUCACCCCAUUACAUGCAUCCCAUUUUGCAAAAGGAGCAGAGAGGAGAAAGAUUAGCCAGCUGUGUCCUGGCGUACAAGAAACCAGACACUGUAGAAGCGGAGAAAUCUCUGCUUUGGGAAAUUUGCGAUGCCCUGGAAGAUGUUGUUCCUGUUCCUGCUGUGUUAUAAUGCUCAUGGCACUGUGCCUCCCAGGUGGAAUCGAGCUAUGUUUUUCCCAUCUGCUCUCCGUGUGAAGAGGUCCUCAGCAGUUCUCCUCAACCCAGUGCUUCAGAAGUCUCAGGAAGAUGUGGAUCUUCUAUUUGAGUUUCUUCUAGGUGAACUGGAAAUUGAUGACGACCUAAAAAUCACUGUCAAAGAUGAGGAACUCGCUUCAACCAGGAAGGCGAUAACGUUUGACACCCUGUGUAAUGAUGUUGUCCCAAAAAGUAUUACAGAAAUACGCAGAUUAAGUUCCAGGCUGUCAGGUUACCCCGGCAUGUUAAAGAAAGAAGAUUUUGAAAGGACGGUAUUGACGAUGGUCUACACAGCAUACAGGACAGCUCAGUCCCAAGGACAUCAAAAAGACUCCUGGGCAGAAUCCUUCAUAAAUCUUUACAAGCUUGUGAUGCAUGACUUGAAGUUGCUAUCCAACCAAGCUCCAACUUCUCAAAGAACGUGAUGCACCAGAAACAAACUCUGAUUAUAAGAAGGAUAUAUCUGCUUCUUCAUUUUGAUAAGUAAUAAAAGAAACAAACUGCAGGCUUGGAGAUAUUUCUUAAUCUCUAGCUCCUCCUAGAGAGAAUCUGUUGUAAAAUCUUCUGCAUUGCAUUACAGAUUGAAUUAAUAUAUCUGUUAAAAAAACAUUUUCCAAAUUAUCUAGCCUUUUCUUUUUUAAGUGUAACCAAUAGACGGCAAAUCCUCUCUUGUUGUAUAUUUUUUAUUUUAUUUCCAUCAGUGUCUUUCCCAUGUCUGUAUAGAUUAUAGCUGACACAAACUUUACCCCAUCCUUUAAAUGCAACAAUUAAUCUAUGCUCCUUCUUGAUGGACAAGGGGGACUCAGAAAACUUGCAUUUUUUUUUCUGGACUCUUUUAAAAGCUGAGGGAAAAAAUGCUGAUCUCAAUCCUUUUGGAAAUUCCAUCUUGCUAUUACCUCUCCCCCCCACCCCCCAAAAUACAUUCUUUCUCCCCUCUUCUGUCAAGAAGCAUUAGUUAAGAGUUGAAGCAAUGGAUUAAUUUAAGAGAAAGGAUAUGACUAAUCUCUCUCUCUCUCUCUCUCUCUCUCUCUCUCUCUCUCUCUCUCUCUCUCUCUCUCUCUCUCUUUCUCUCUCCCUCCCUCCCUCCGUCUCUCCCACCCUCCCCCUCCCCCUCUCUAUCUCUUUCUUCCUCCUUCCUUCUCUCUUUGUUUCAUUCUUUUUCUUCUCUUGGAGCUGAUAUAUUAGUAGCAGCAGCACAGUGGAAACGAAGCUUAAGUAAACAUUAAAAAGGUGAUUUUUCCAAAGUUUGCUGCCACAGCAUUGGGAAAGGUUUACUGUAUAACCAUAUUCUGAUUAAGAUAUUAUUAUCUCAGGUUUGUUUAAAAAUGAACAUCUGUUUGUUUUCAUAUUUCUUCAAAAACAAUAACAUGCUGGAGGUUUUUUUUCCUCUGGGGGAGCUGAGUACAGAAUACACUGAAGAAAAAAAUGUAGUAUAAAAUUGCAAAGUAGAUUACUGCUACUUCCAGAUACAAACUAGACUGUUUUGGGGAGGGGGUUUGGGGGGAGUCUUUCCUGCAUUAGAAGUUCUGGUGUUGCUAUUCUCCUUUUCUGAGAAAAAAGUCCCAACUAGACAAUUUCCAACUUCCUACUGACUUCCCCAUUGAAUUUCCUUGUGGCAAUCCGGCAGGAAGCAUCAAAAAUCUCUCCUUCCCUUCCCUCCCCUUCUGGCAGGUAGUGGCUGCUGCUGGCUAAGGGAAGGAGGGAGGUAUUGCUAGACCAGCUAAAAAUUUGUCAUGGGACAUUGAAAAUGUAGCAACAGCAGCCAGUAGUACUAAAGUAACUAUAAUCUUCCCAAAUUUCAUUUCCUCAGGAGUCAUGGAUUCUGGAUUUUGGAGGCAUUCUGUAAGUUAGUUCGUUUGAAGCAGGGGUGAAAUCCAGCAGGUUCUAACAGGUUCUGGAGAACCGGUAGUGGAAAUUUUGAGUAGUUUGGAGAACCGGCAAAUACCACCUCUGGCUGGUGCCAGAGUGGGUUGGGAAUGGAGAUUUUGCAAUAUCCUUCCCUUGCCACACCCACAGAACCGUUAGGGAAAAAUUUUGAAUUUCAUCCAUGGUUUGAAGUACCUUGGUUCAAAAAAUUGGUGCCUGUUCUGUCCAGUUAAAGGUCAUGACAAUGAAAAUUUUAGCAGUAUAUAGAUACAUCAAUGAUAAAAAAGCCUUGAUAAGAGCUUGUCCAGCCUUGCAGAAAGAUUCUCCUCAUUUAAAAUCAAGUCAGUAAAGGCCUUACUUCCAACUAAGUUACAUAAAGGUUUGCAACCUCAAUUAAACUGUGUUAGUUCUUGAUUUAAUUUUCUCUGCAAUCUCAAAUGAGAAAUCAGAAUGAGAAUCAUUCCAGACUGAUAAUCUGAUCAAUUCAACUAUUUACGUUUAGUCUAAUCUGUUCGGAAGAUAAGAACGUAAUUACUUUUACAAUGAAAAAAAAAACCCCUGAGUUGUACUUCACUGUGAUUAGAGAUCAGAUAUUAUUAAAAGAAAAAAAAAAUCCAUCUUCACAACUGGAACUUUUCUAAACAAUUGUUUAAGGCUAAUCCUACCAUUAGGCAGGUGCUGAGGGUGGGAUUGCCAAUGAAGACAAAGCAGUUUGUAUCUUGUAUUUUAUCUCUGAUGUGUCAUAUGAACAUCAUCUAGUUAUCGACGUUGAUUUAAGAUUGAAUUCUUAGUCAUGUGGAAGCCAAACAAUAAAAUAACUUGGGACAGCCCUGGUUUUCCAUAAA